AGGGAAGAGCAACAGCGCCCCCCCCCCCCCCGCUCUCGUCAAUCUUAUCGUGACAUACUUUAUGACUUUGAACUGUUUGUCUCUUAUACUUCGCCGUAGAAAAGACGUGUAAACACAGAAGAUUACAAAACUGUUCCAGAAUUCGACCAGUUCAACUCUUUGAGGGUCGGGAAUCUCGUUUUCGCUACAUUUUCUUUUGUUGAUUAGCCAAACAUGGUUGUUGGAGGCGCAUGACACAGAGCCUUCCCUUGAUAGAAAAGCUUGAAAUCUAGCUCAGACUGCUAAAAAGACAGACGUCAGACGUUGAUCACCUCGUUCACUUGACAGGAGCUUCUCGUCUAACGUUAUCGGGCAUGGAGGAAGCCAAUCAAGAUGCCUUUGACAGAGCGAGGCUGCAGGUGAUCAAAGAUGGCUAUGAGAAGGCCUUUGAGUGCAUCAACAGAGGCCUGACAGAGGAUGAAGCUGGCCACAAGGCCCAGGCCCUGGCCCAGUACACACAGGGUCGCCAGCACCUCCUCAGGGCCAUCAGCGUGCCCUCACAGGGGGACGAGUGUUUUGGCAGCUCCUGGGAGUCAGCCCGCCAGAUGCAGCACAAGAUGCAGGAGACUCUGAACAACAUCACCACUCGAUUGGCGGCCCUAGAGACCAGCCCAGACCCUGAGUUCCCACCACCUCUAGAUGCCUCUAUUGGAGUCCCAGGGACAGCCUCUAACUCAAACCUCUACCCCAAACUGGAGAAGGAGAAACCAGAGCGGCCUUCUCCACCCAAGCUGCUGAUGACUAACCGCCAGGGUGGAGCUGUGGGCGGCAGUGUGUUUCCCUCCUUGCCUCUUUCUCCCACUAGACAGUCUGUGGUGCCUGGCGAGCUGCCCCCAGCCUACUCUUCCCAGGCGGCUGACGGCCACCUGACUAUCUCUUAUGGGACAGAGUCUGGAGAAAUGUCGCUGAUGGGAGAGGAGUUCUACAGCCACAUGUCCCCCUCUCACCCCUCUCCUCAGAGCCUGGGGGAGGAUGGAGAGGAACUCUUCUUCCUGCCUCACGGGGUGCAGAUAUUCUUUGUCACACCUGACGGCCAGGUCAGCGCUCCCUCCUACCCAGGGUACCUGCGGAUGGUCAAGUUCACCAGCCAGCAGUCAGAGAGUGUGCCCAACCGGCCCCCAGCCUUCCUGCAGGUGUGUGAUUGGCUGUACCCUCUGAUGGCCACUGACUCCCCCGUCCUGCUGUGUAACACAGGGGUGUUCAUGUUCCCAGACAUGAUGGCGUCCGCCCCGGGGUCCUACGUGGGCGUUGUGCUGUCCUCUGAACUGCCUAUAGAAGACAGACAGCUGUUCCAGGACCUGCUGUCCCAGAUGACAGACCUCAGGGUGCAGGCUCCAAAUGAGGCAGCAGACAGCAUCAACCUGAGCCAGAAGGUGUCCAUCGCUCCCCUCGAGGAAGAGGAGGCCCCAGCAGCAGAGGAGGAGGAGGAUGAGAAGAACCUGCCAGAGUGGAGCGAGAAAGUGGCCAGCGGCAUCCUCACAGGGGCAUCGUGGCUGAGCUGGGGCCUGGUGAAGGGGGCUGAGUUCACUGGCAUAGCCAUCCAGAAGGGGGCGUCCAAACUGCGGGAGCACAUCACCCCCGAGGACAAGCCAGCCCACGUCAGCCCCUCUGUCUCCAAGGGAUUGCAUGUAGCCAAACAGGCCACCGGGGGCGCUGUCCGCGUCAGCCAGUUCCUUGUGGACGGUGUGUGUAUGGUGGCAGGGUGUGUGGGUAGAGAGAUAGCUCCCCACGUGAAGAAACAUGGAGGCAAGUUGGUUCCGGAGUCCAUGAAGAAAGACAAAGAUGGACGAUCCAACAUUGAUGGAGCCAUGGUGGUGGCUGCUAGCGGAGUUCAAGGCUUCGCUACCAUGUGGACUGGCUUGGAAGUAGCAGCAAAGAACAUCACCGUCUCCGUUGCCUCAGAAACCGUCAACACUGUCAAGCAUAAGUAUGGGGCGGCAGCCGGCCAGGCCACAGACCAUGCUGUGAACUCAGCCAUUAACAUGGGCGUCACCGCCUUCAACAUUGACAACCUGGGCAUUAAAGCUGCGGUGAAGAAGACUGGCAAACAGACGGCCGUGGCCAUCCUGGAGGACUACCAGCUACGGGACCCUAAUACUAACCAGAAACAAGUAGAGAAACGGGACAAAUAGGCUCCAUCCGGGAACAAGUCUACGUCCCAAGUGGCACCCUAUUCCAUAUUGUCACUACUUUUGACCAGACAAAAUAGAGAAUAGGGUGCAAUUUGGGACAGUCAACCCCUAACCCCAUGACACUUACCAUAGCCCUUACCCACAGAGCACUGGUGUAGAUAUAAGAGGACUGGAUAGGUGUGAGCAAAAUGUCAACUUCUACCUGCCUAGUCUGUCAUAGGGAAAGGCUGAGGUACUACCAUAUUGAUUAAACAUAUCCUAUUCUUUCAGAUCUACCCAAGUGCCUAGAGAGUAGAGGAUAGGUUUGCUUCCAAAAUGGCACCCUAUUCCCGAUUUAUAGUGCACUACAAAGGGAAUUGGGUGCCAUUUGGGACGCGCCCCAUGUCCUCUUCCUCUUUCCUUUUGAGCUUUAAUUAAAACAUGAUUUGUAUUCUUCUAUAAAGAAACCUAUCUAUACAUAAAUGCUUUAGUUGACUAAUAGCCYCUAGAAAUGUUACUAGGGUUUGAUACAACUGUUAAGCACUUUAAUCUUCAUAAUGAAUGGUAUAAUGACAUUAUAAUAAUGUCAAAUAUUAUAAUAACUAAGAUGGACGUUGUAUGUAGGUAGGCUGAUGUAUAAUCGCUAAGUUAUUUGUGUUCAAUGUUGGUGAGAAGAGGACACCGGAAUUUAAAAAGUCACGUAGGUGAUAUAAAUAUAAACUGAAAGCAGGAUUCUUGUUUAAAUUUCAGAUGGAACUGUUUGUUUCAAGACUACUGCUGUUGACCUAUUGUAGUAAUUCUGUAGUAACAGUAGUAUUACUGCAGUAGUACUGUAGUAACACUGUCCACAGUUCAAUGUAUCUGGAAGUAAAGGUGUAACUGAGGUAGAGUUGCACAAUUCUGCACAAAAACUGUCCCAAAAUCCCCAGGUUUUCCAGAAAUUCUGGUUGGAGGAAUCUGGAUGUUCUGCUUAUCCCCACCUAGUCUUUUUCCCCACCCGUAACCCGAGGUCAGCAUUGGGUUCUGGGUUUCAAGAUUAAUUCACWCCUGAUUCCUGGAAGUKCCAACCAGGAUUUCUGKAAAACCUGGGAAUUUUGCAAAAGUUGCUAGAAAUGUGCAACCCUUAUCUGAAAGUCAAGGUGUAUGGUGGGGAAGAAACCCAGCAGCAUGCUGACUAUGUGCUAUAAGAAUACAUGUUUGGGUUCAUUUAAUCAAUGAAAUAAUGUUAAUGUGUGAAACAAGACGAAACCACAGCAAGCACAGGAAUAGUUAAAUAGCUGUUGAGGGUACUAUAUAAGAUGGAACAAGGGUCUCUAAGGUAUACUCUUGUCAUGACUUUGUAAUGCAGAGGAAAGAGUCAAUCCAAAUGUAGAAGCAGUGGAGGUUUGAACUGGUUUUAGAAUGGUCCAUGGUUUGCUUAGUAUGCCUUAAUAASCAGUUACUACAGGCUGUAUGCUACUGUAACCAUAGGCCAAUACAGCCACCUUACAGUAGCGUGGGCUUGCUAUCUGUAUCGUCCUGUGGUCCAUUUCAUUAUCUUUGAGAAGCUAUAACCUAUCCUUUCAACUUGGUAUCUGAUUAUUACUUUUUAAAGCUGUGAUAUUAAUUUUCUAUGAAAGGACAAACUUUUUUUUUUUUUUCAUGUGAUGUAAAGAUAAUUAUAUUCAAUGCCAUUAACAUUUGGACAAUUGUUUUUAACUAUGACAUCUGAAAGAAAUAAUUAUGGAAAAAUUACAGAUAUAAAUAYAUUAACAGUUUCAGCACAAUUUGAGUGUGUGUUUAUGAUUAGUGUYGCCGUAUAUGUGUUAUGUUGUCAACAUACUGUAUUUAACUUGUAAUGCUGUCUACCAUUCAUUAUUUACCUUGGGCUAAUGUUUAUUCAAUGUGAAUUGUCUUUAGUAAUAUAUCUGUGUAAAGUGAAGGCAGACUGUCUUUUUGUGUGAACUUGAAAUCUCAUGCAGACAUUAAAUACACAUCAGCAUUCUCACAAAGUGGUUGUGAUUUUCCAAAUAAUGACUCUGUGCUUCUGUGGCCCUAUGUGAACAAAUAGUCACAUGGCCUGAUGAUUAACCAAAUAUCUGAUAUGUAAUAAAAAGCUAUAGAAGAA